GAGCUGCAGGCCGCCCUCUGGUCAAACUGCAGAACUACUGUAGCUACUGGGUGGGUCUGUGGACAGCGGAAGCAGCGUCUGGCUACGCUGACAUUUCAUUUUGCAUUUGGGGAAAAUCUGAGGUCGUGAUCAAAAUGCCGGCAUACCAUUCAAGCCUGAUGGAUUCCGACACCAAACUAGUGGGAAACAUGGCCCUGCUUCCACUUAGAACGCAAUUCAAAGGACCGGCUCCUAAAGAGACCAAAGACCAAGAUAUUAUUGACGAGGCUAUCUAUUACUUCAAAGCCAACGUGUUCUUCAAAAAUUAUGAAAUUAAGAAUGAGGCUGACCGGACAUUGAUCUACAUAACUCUCUACAUCUCAGAAUGCCUCAAAAAACUUCAGAAGUGCAGCUCACGAGGCCAGGGAGAGAAGGAGAUGUACACACUUGGAAUAACUAACUUCCCCAUCCCAGGGGAGCCGGGCUUCCCUCUCAACGCCAUGUAUCUCAAGCCUACCAACAAGGGGGAAGAAGAGAGCAUGAGGGGAUACUUGCAGCAGAUCCGACAGGAAACGGGCUUGAGGCUGUGUGACCGUGUGUUUGAUCCCCAGACAGACAAACCCAGCAAGUGGUGGGUCUGCUUUGUGAAAAAACAGUUCAUGAACAAAAGCCUAUCUGCUCCUGGACAGUAGAUGGCACCUCAGGAUGGCUGUUGGUACUUAACUCUGCAAUGUGGAAAAAGUGUUUUUUUAUGUCCAUUCCCCCUCUUGUAUGUGCAUUCACAUACUUAUGUUUUGGCCAUUUUUGUACUCAAGAACGUUUCCAUUUCAUUUAAUCAGAUAGAGCUAAAGCUUCAUGAAAUAAACAAUCUUUAAAACAG